AUGUCCUCCACCACCAGCUCAGCCGCCCCCUCCGCCUCGGGCAAACCCCGCGAACGGCCCCUCCACGAACUGCUCUCGCGCGACAUGGUCGACAUCUACGUCGGGCCCGACAACACGCACUGGAUCCUGCACGAAAAACUGCUCUGCCACCGCAGCAAAUUCUUCCGCGAAAUCUUCUACCCCUCCAAACCGUCGUCCUCCUCCAAGAACUCCGCCUACGGCUUGCCGGACGAGAACGACGAGCCGUUCAGGCUGUUCGUCGGAUGGCUGUACGCGGCGACCAUCCCGCAGCCGAGCGAGGAGAAGGAGCUGGCGACGAUGUUCGACCUGUACCUCAUGGCGGAGAAAUGGGAGAUCCGCGCCUUGACGGUGGAUGUGCUGGAAGCCGUGCGGAAAUACUACCACGACUCCGAUACCUGGCCGGGUCUCCGCCGCGUGCAGUACAUCUACGCCAACACGGAGCCGGAGAGUCCGAUGCGGCAGCUGCUGGUGAGUUGUGUGGCGCGGAUGUUGAUUACGGGGGAUAGCAUGCCGGCGCAUUGGGAGCGCGCGUUGAGGAAGAACGGGCAGUUGGCGGUGGAUAUUAUUUUGUGUGUGCAGAAGUGGCGGAUUGAGCCCGAGAGUGUGCCGGAUACGAGGCAUGGGAGUAUGGGGGAGAUUGUGGAUGAGGCGGAGGUGAAGAAGGAGGAGAGGGCGGAGGAGGAGGCGAAUGGGGAGAUGGAGAAUGGGCAUGAGGAGGAGGGCGAUGAGACGGUGGUGAAGAAUGAAGCAGAUGAGUGA